UUCUUCUCCAGGUGGUAGGAGAACUUCCUCUGUGGAGCUCUGCUGUGUUAAGGCCAGAGGAAGUUCAUUUCUCCUUCAGUAGGAGAAGUUCAACAGAAGAACUCGGAGGACCAUCCUGAGGACGAGAAACAUCCGCUGCCCAUGGUGUCUCCUGUGGCUUGCCUUGGGGAUGGCGGAGUUGCGAGGGGUGCUCUUGCUGCUGUUCAGUGUCUCCCUCUCCUCUGCUGCAGACUGUGGCAUCCAGAAAUCCUCCUUUACGGACAAGUCCGAGGAGAACGUGGUCAGCAGCACGGAGUUCCCGUGGGUGGUGUCAGUGCAGGACACGCACUACGCCCACCUGGCUUUCGGCUGCAUCCUCAGCGAGUUCUGGAUCCUCAGCAUCGCAUCGGUCCUUCAGAACAGGCCAGAUAUUAUCAUUGUCGUCGGUUUAGGUAACAUGGACUCCAGAAGAACUACUCACACAGAAUAUCCUAUCAACAGCAUCAUCGUCCAUGAGGACUUCGACAACUACUCCAUGAACAACAACAUCGCCCUCCUGAAAACAGACUCGGAGAUAUCUUUUAAUGAACUGGUCCAAUCCAUCUGCUUCCUCGGCAGAAAGCUGCACUUGCCGCCGGUCUUGAAGAACUGCUGGGUGUCAGGAUGGAAUCCCACGUCUGCAACAGGAAAUCAAAUGACGAUGAGUAUCCUGAGGAAAAUCUCCGUGAAAGACAUCGAGCGGUGUUUCUCACGAAAACUGCGGAAAACGGGAUGUGGCCGGCACAUAGAGCAGGAAACAGAGGCAGUCUGCUUGGGAGAACCAGGAAACCCAGUUAUGUGCCAGCUGCAGCAAUCGGAUCUAUGGGUCCUGCGGGGACUCUUAACCGAAGGUGUCGAGCCAUGCCCUGGCCUCUUUCUGUACAUCAGGGUGGAAGACUACAGCGACUGGAUCACGUUCAAGACCAGGAGGGUCGGCCCUCCCCUGUCUUCACUCCACCACUGGGAAGAGUUGAUGCCUCACCCCCAUCGCCAGUCACAACAUGACCUCAUAGUGACACAGAGUGUACGCACUCAACUGGACCAUGUCAUGUGGUCCCAAGGAGAGACCACCACGCAUUUGUUGCCAACAAACAGCUCUAGAGACAGUCUAGACUUCAGGGAAAAGAACCCAGGGGAGUCAGACAGUUCUGAUCAGGCCGCGUACUAUGACUAUUAUGCGGAGGCUGGGCAGGGUGGGUAUGCGGCAGGUCAGAACAGGUUGCAUCAGCCCCAAGAAAUGAUCUCUGUUCUCUUUGUGCUUGCUUUCUUUUGGAGCGGUGUCUAGGGGCUAACGCAUCAAACUGAAGGAUAAGCUCAGAAUGCUGAGUGCCAGGCAUUCACCAAGCUGUUUGGGUGUCUGUUUUUGAUAGUUGCACACUUGUGUGCCAUGGAUUUGGCCCAAGGCACACACCGAGCUGACUCGCUCGCUCUCCUCUGUCCCACUCUCACCUGCGGGAAGGUCACUUUCAUUUGUGCUUGUGAACUAAAUGUGGGCUUACAAGUGCCAAACCAUUAGAGUGCCCUGUGGUUCUUUCAAUGUUAAUGGUU